GUUCAUGGCGUGGAAGGACGCUAUGCAGCCGCUCUUUACUCCGCUGCCCACAAACAGAAGAGUCUCGAUAAAGUCGACAAGGACCUCCAAAAACUCAGGGAUGUGUAUAAGCAAGAUAAGAAGUUCCAGGAAUUCGUCCUCGAUCCCACCCUCAAAGGAGCAAAGAAGAAGGAGCAAGUACUAUCUGUCGCACAGAAGCUUGGACUUUGCAAGGAGUCCGUCAACUUUUUGGGGCUGCUAGCAGAGAAUGGUCGUUUAACCAAAUUGGAAGCAGUAUUUGACUCAUUUGACCAAAUCAUGCGCGCUCACCGAGGCGAACUCUCCGUUCAGGUCAUAUCAGCUGAACCACUCAGUAAGCAACACGAAUCCGCUCUCAACGAUGCUUUGCACAAGAUGGCCAAGUCAGGACAAAAACUGAAUGUUUCGUACACUGUAAAGCCUUCAAUCUUGGGUGGACUGAUAGUAAACAUAGGCGAUAAGUACGUAGAUCUAUCGAUUGCUUCACGAGUUAAGAAGCUCAAGGAAACAUUGAUUGCGUCUGUAUAA